UCCUGCCUCCACUUCCUUGCCAAGACACGUACAUGUCAUGUUCUUAGUUCCAAUCUAGUUGCUGAUAAAAUAAGAGGAACCUUCAUACUCGUCAUGGCCCUUAAGAUCAACACUAUCCUUCUACUUCUGCUCUUGAUCCUCAUUCCCAUAUCUUCAGGCUUGGCUGAAGGCUUCAGAGAAAACAUGCAUCCUACUCGUGGCUUACUUUAUAAGGGUGGGAUCAAGGUGAAGUCAAGGAAGCUUUUCGGCCAUGAUUUUGUGUUGGAUUAUGAUGAGGCAGGACCCAACCCAAGGCACACAAAGAAACCUGGAAAGGGCCCUUGAAUACCUUUACACCUUAUAAUGAAAUAAAUUAACCUAUAUUAUAUAUAUAUACCAUCAUCUCUCUUCUUACUCAAUGUUUUGUUCGUGUAUGAGGAGAUAUAUAUAAACGAUCGAGUUUCUUCAUCGAGCCACUACUUGUGUGCGUCAUGAGGCAAUAAAUUCGUAUCAUAUUUUAUUAUGUACACCAGAUGCGUAUGUAUGGACUAUGGACCAUUAAGCAGAGAAUAUAUAUUAUGAUAAAGUUUUAAUUACUA